AUGAAUUUACAUAAAUGGUUUAAUUUUAAACAUGUACUCAUCGAAGUGAUGUCAAUAAAAGUAGCGCCCUUUCGGGCUGUGGAAAAGUGAAUCGGCCAUAGGCGUAUAGGACCUAUCGCAAUUGGGAGUCUGAGGUUUGUUUCUCCAAAAUUUUCUGCGUCCCUCGAAUUUUAUGAGUAAAUCAGUCAUUAGCAAAUGGACCUAUUCCCUAAUGAACAGAAUUUUGAUCGAGACAAGUCUACUGUAGACAAACAUUUCACCACAGCUUGAAAGAACAUCACAGAAUUAGUAAUAUUCCACGCCUGACAAAAAUGCAUGGCUAAGCGUCAACGUGCUUCACCUUCUUUAAUUUUCAUUCUGUUUCUACAAAAUUUCCCAUGAACAUAGACAUAUACAUAUGACAUAUGAACAUAUGACAUCAUCAUAUGAUAUAUAUAUGAUAUAUAUAUAUAUGAUAUAUAUAUAUAUAUAUAUGAUAUAUGAUAUAUUUAUAUGAUAUUUCCCAUGAACAUAUGACAUCAUCUGUCUUUGUGAAACCUGGUUAAAUGAUUCUGUUCUAAACAAUGAAUUGCUUCCUGGAUAUUCAAUCCACCGCCGCGACAGACAAGCGCAGAUCGGUGGAGGUGUGCUAGUGGCCGUAAGAACAAAUAUAGAAAGCCGCCGUCGGGAAGACCUCGAAAGGGAGAACAUUGAGCUAAUCGCUGUUGAAAUUCACAAAAGUUGUAGUAAGCCAUUGCUCCUGUAUACAUUCUAUCGUCCUCCUCAAUCCCCGCCCAACGUUCUAAACCAACUUAACUCUUCACUUCAAGACUCCCCUGAGUCCAGUUGCAUCGUCCUGCUGGGAGACUUUAACUUACCCACCAUUUCGUGGUCUGAAGAUCAGUCUGCACCGCUGAAUGCCAGAGGACUCGCGGAUGAUGACAUUUUCUGUAACUUUGUGGACGACAAUUUCAUUCAUCAAUCCAUAAAAGGUCCUACCCAUAUCGCUGGUAAUAAGCUUGAUCUAUUAUUGUGUAACCACCCCGAGGUUAUCGAAAAUGUUACUGCAGUCUCUCCUGAAGAACAUAAUUUCCCGACAGAUCAUCACAUUAUAGAAUUUCGGGUUAAAUUAAGAUUUAAACGAGCAAAGCCAAUUACGCGUACGACCUACAAUUAUAAGCAUGGGAAUUUCAAUGACCUACGCAGCUUCCUUCUUCGUGAACCCCUGGACAUUGAUCUUUCAGACGAUAUUGAUGUUUGCUGGUCAAAAUGGAAGAAUUUGUUUUCAAAAGCAGUAGCCAAAUUCAUUCCCGUUAAAACAAUCAAGGACACCAAUUCCCCACCGUGGAUCGACGGAGGAGUGCGUCACUUAAUUCGUAAGAAAUAUGUUGCUCUGAGAAAAUUUCGAGAAUCGAAAACCGUUGUAAGAAAGCUAAAGCUACGCACAGCUACUCAAAACGUCAAGAGUCUCAUCAAAAGAAAACAUCGCGAGUACCUAGCUAAAGUUGAAGACUCGCUCAGCAGUAACCCUAAGCAUUUUUGGAGCUAUCACAAAGCCAUUCUCCAUCAUCGGACUAGUCCAAGCACCAUAAUUACAUAUGACGGUGCCACAGCUAAAACUGCAUCAGAAAAAGCAAACCUUUUCAACCAAUAUUUCUCUUCAACGUUCUCACAUCCAAGCACUGAUAAUGCGGUCAAUGAAGUUACAUCAAGCCACUCAUUUCCUUUAAAGACGGACAUGCUACUAUCCAACAUUACCCUUUGUGUCGAAGAGGUCUCGGAUUGUCUAAAUUCCCUGGACACAACAAAAGCCUGCGGCCCAGACGGGAUACCCUCUAGGCUCUUGAAGGAAUGUUGUCAACAAAUUGCACCAAGUCUUUGUACCAUCUUCAACCACUCUCUCAUUUGCGGUCGCUUUCCUUCCGAGUGGAAAUCUGCCAACGUCACGCCUGUCCACAAGAAAAACUCCAAAGAACCAGCCGAAAAUUAUAGACCUAUUUCCCUGCUAUCAAUUGUGAGUAAAGUCAUGGAACGCUGCGUCUACAAUCACAUGUACGCUGACGUUAUUCAACUAAUUUCGCCACUACAACAUGGAUUUCUGAGAAAGCGUUCAUGUAUAACACAACUGCUCUCGGUACUUCACAACAUUGGUCAAAAUCUUGACAAUAACACCCAGUCGGAUGUUUUGUACCUUGAUCUUGCCAAAGCAUUUGACUCGGUUGACCAUCAAAUACUUGUUGAGAAACUAAAAUGCUACGGCGUGGCUGGACGACUCCUGGACUGGUUCACUGACUACCUGAACGGUCGAACUCAAAGGGUUGUGAUCGACGGUGCUGUAUCCCAGUGGGUCCCUGUUACCUCCGGGGUGCCUCAAGGAAGUAUCCUGGGUCCCUUAUUAUUUGUUAUAUUCAUUAACGAUCUCCCUGAAAUUAUUCCAAAUGGUACCAAUACAGCACUGUUCGCGGACGAUACCAAAUUACAUCGAAACAUCUCGUCUCUGACUGACUGCGAGGGUUUACAGCAAGCCCUCAGCAACAUUAACAUCUGGAGCCAGCAGAGCAAUAUGAAAUUCAACAGCACAAAAUGUAAAGUUCUCACCAUUACACGCAAGCAAAAUCCUGUGGUUUACGAUUACCAACUUGGUUCUGCCAUAUUAACCCGCGUUCAGCAAGAGAAAGAUCUUGGAGUUACUAUAUCAUCCAAACUCACCUGGCAUCAUCACAUAUCUGUAAUUGUUGCAAAGGCAAACAAGUUAUUAGGUCUUCUUAAGAGAACUUGCCCACUGUUAACUGAUAUUCAAGUGAGACGGACAUUAUACUUAUCUCUUGUCAAGUCACAGUUAUGUUAUGCUACCCAAGUUUGGUCCCCGGCGCAGGACAUGCUCAAAGCCAAGCUUGAAAGAGUACAGAGGCGAGCUACCAAAUGGAUCUUCGGUUACAAAGGCAAAGAAAUGUCUUACCACCAAAGAUUGCAGUUGCUCCACUUAUUGCCUUUAUGCUACGACAGAGAAAUCAAAGAUCUAACCUUUUUCUACAAGGCCCUAUAUGGGUACAUCGACGUGAACGUCAAUAAAUAUAUUGCAUUUAUAGGCCAUGGCCGCACCAGACACAGCCAGAUUCCUUUAGUUAUGAAAGCUCCACGUUGUAAGACAAACGCUUUUCAGGCAUCCUUUUACAACCGGAUUGUCAAACUCUGGAACACUAUUUGCAAAUCAGCUCCUGUGCAUGGCUUUUCCAACAUCUCAUCAUUUAAACAAUUACUCAAGCAAACAUACCUGACUUUAUUCAAUGCAUCCUUUGACAUAGACUUCCCGUGCACAUGGACACUGUCUCGUGA